CUCCUCCGAACAUCCCUCACCACCACACUCCAAGCAUCCCGACUCCAGCAACCAACUUUCAACCGGUCCUUCCACGCUUCACCCGCCACCAUGACCAUCUCCGCCUACUUUGACGUGACCUGGACUGGUCCAAAGAUCACCGUCGACGCCAGCGGCAAGGUCGUCAACGUUGACAAGUCCGACGCGGAGCGCUCUGCCCGCAUCAACUUCGACCUCUUCGACGAUGUCGUCCCAAAGACUGCCGAGAACUUCCGUGCUCUCUGCACUGGCGAGAAGGGCUUUGGUUACGCUGGCUCCAAGUUCCACCGUGUCAUCCCAGACUUCAUGCUUCAGGGCGGUGACUUCACCCGUGGCAACGGCACUGGUGGCAAGUCCAUCUACGGCGAGAAGUUCGCAGACGAGAACUUCAAGCUUACCCACAACAAGCCAUUCCUCCUCUCCAUGGCCAACGCUGGCCCAAACACCAAUGGUUCCCAAUUCUUCAUCACCACCGUCGUGACUAGCUGGCUCGACGGCCGUCACGUCGUUUUCGGCCAAGUCAAGGAGGGCGACACCGAGGCCAUGGGCGCUGUCAAGUCCAUUGAGGCUUGCGGUACCAGCUCUGGUGGCAUCAAGAACAAGAACAACCCACCAACCAUUGUUGGCGCUGGUGCUUCUUAAGGGCGACAAGAGCAAUGCAUGCCAUGGUGCGAUGAUAUGAUACAACAUCUGCAGGAUAGCGAAACAAUGCCUAGCGUUGGCUGAGUAUCUGCAGCGUCCUGGGCUAGCCCAGUGAGCUUAAAAGUAGCCUUGACAUGAAAUGAGAUUCUUCUCACCAC